UCUGCGUGCACGACUCUCUCCUCCGCAGUGCACUGCUGGACAGCGCUGAGUGCGGAGUACAGGACAGCACAGGACAGUUAGCGCUUCCCUACAGUCCUAAAGUCCCAAACACGAGAGCAGCACCCACAUGGAGCUAAUUUGAACUGACGGAGGGCUGGUCUUCACUUCACGACUCACACUCACAGAUUUACAGUUUGAGAGGGAAGGGGACAUAUCAGACAUGGACACCUUGGUGUGGAUCUUGGUUUGUGGAGCGCUGGGGCUGGUGUUUGGCUCUAAGCUGGAGCGGGCCAUAGACAAGGAGUGUGAGUCGGGCAGUUUCACUCACGAUGGGGAGUGCUGUUUGCAGUGUCCUCCAGGAGAGGGAGUGGUCAAGGAGUGCGGGGCCACCCAGACCGAAUGCGGUCAAUGCUUAGACAGUGAGACGUUCUCUGAGACGUUCAGUCACACAGAGAAGUGUCAGACGUGUAUAGAGUGCACGGGUCUCAUGCGCAUGCAGACCCCCUGCACCGACUCGAACGACGCUGUGUGCGUGUGCAACUAUGGCUACUUCAUGAGCGAUCUGACAGGUCAGUGCGAGCCGUGCACUGUGUGUCCACGUGGUCAGGGUGUGAUGAUACGCUGCGAGCACACUCACGACACGGUCUGUGAGGAGUGUCUGGACGACACCUACUCUGAUCAGGAGAGCACGCUGGACCCCUGCCUGCCCUGCACCAUCUGCGAGGAGGGAAUAGAGAUUCUCAUGAGGAACUGCACACCAAAUGAAGAUGCAUGGUGUCAUGAUCCUUUGAGUCCUACCUAUCCUGCUUCCACUAGUGAUUCCAGUUCCUUCGUCACUGAUCCCAACCGUCUGUGGAGCCCCAACCCCGGAGGGGACGCCACCACACCCAAACCCAGCCCCCCUCAUUUCAUUGGCAGAGGGCUAAACGAGAACCUGAUUCCCAUCUACUGCCCCAUCCUUGCAGCGGUCGUAGUCGGCCUCCUGGCUUACAUCAUCUUCAAGAGGUGGAACAGCUGCAAGCAGAAUAAACAGGCAGCUAAUAAUCGCGCAGCCACAGCCAAUCAGACACCAUCUCCAGAGGGAGAGAAGCUGCACAGUGACAGCGGCAUCUCAGUGGACAGCCAGAGUCUGCAGGAGCAGCAAGCGCAGACACAGACACAGACGCAGGCGCAGGCCCACACACAGCUGCAUGCAGCAGAUCAGAUCGUGGUGAGAGUGGAUGGAGGGGCUCAGCCUGACUCCCCCCCACCUCAGGCCUGACCAGUGAGGAAGAGGAUGCUAUGUUAUCAAUAUAACAAUAAAGAGAGGAUGAGAGGAUGGAGUGAAGGAAACAAGGAAGCAGAAAGAGGAGAAUGGAAGAGCGAAGCCAUGAUGGCCAUCCAGCAAGGGACACAGACACAAGACCUUUGAUCCUUUUGAACCCAGCAGGGACUAUUCACUGAUGAGCUGGUUCAACAGCACCAAUGGAUCCACAUCAGCGAUCAGACUCACUGGCUUAAAAUAGCUACUUCUAAAUAAACAUGAGCCUAUUACCCUGAAGAAAGUUCACCAUAAUGUAUACUGAAACCCACCACAAACUCUGAUGAAUGUUUAACAUAUGCUGGGUUUCUCAGAUAUAUUAAUGUGCCCUUGUGACACAAACUCUGAAUGUCCCGGGCUUCACAAGAGGACGCAAAUAGACGUUAACACAAGCUUCACGGAUAUCGCGCAACUUAGCAGCCACACCAUGGUUCCUCCACCUGGAGCCUUCUUCCUGAUCUAAUAAGGAUUUCGUUUUUUGCCUUAUCUUUGAAGUAUUAAUAGAUUUUGUCUAUAACAUCAAGGCCCUUUAUUUAAUCAGAAUUGUACACAUUUUCAGGUGUGUGUUAAAACUUUGGGGGGUUGUAUGCAGUUAGCGCAGAACUACCAGUUGCCGUCUAGUUUCAAAGCAGCUGAUCGCAGGUCAGCGUUUAUGGGCAACAACUCACGACUGUGACAUUUGCUGACCUUUAAUAAUGUAAUGACUCAGAUCUAUACUCAGCUCGCCUUCCUUUUCUCUCUUUCACAACCUUUUCUCUAUAAAACACACACAUAGCGUAUCGGUAUUCCCUGCCUUCCUCUAGUUACUGCAGUUUAGGUUUCCUUGCCUAGAUCUUCUCACCUUACCUCUUCAGAAAUCUGAGUCACAGUGCAAAGAGAAACCAGAACUAAAGAUCUACACAACUAUUUUCAUGCCAUCAUGCACUCCUAGAAGUAAUCACCGUGUUUAUAUCCCACCAUGAAUUCAGGUUUGAUAGGGAUUUGGUUUGGAUUUAACUUAGCAGCACGUGUUCGUUAAGGAUUCCUGUAAUGAUUCUUUUAGUACUUUUGAGGAAACCUUAUCGACCACCUUAAUAAUUUGUCUUUACUAUUUACUAAACAAAAACUAUACUAUUUUGCUAAUAUUUAAAUUGAAAACUUAAAACUCCAAAUGUGUAUCUUUAACUACAUAUUAACUACAUAGUAACUACACUGACUUAAGUCUCACAAGCCUUAAACAAAUCUUUUUUUCUUAGACUCAACAAUCAGUGAUUCUUACUGUAGCUCUUGAUGAGUCAUCUGUCUAGAUUUUCUUCAUCUUUUGUUGCCACAUUUGCUCAUACUUUCUUACUCUUUGUCUUGGUUACAUGAUUCAUUCCGUGAAUGCUGAUGCAGAUUCAGAUGCUAUAAUGUGGUUUGAAUUACUCAACUAUCUCAGCAGUCAUGAGCUGGAAGCUGAGAGAAAGAGAGCUGGUCUAAGAAUACAUCACUGACCUGGACUAAGGGGCAAUAAAAAGUACCUUAACAUUAUUAUAUAAGCUUUAGAGUAAAUCGGAAUGGUCUAAACAAACAAACAAGUUAACAUACAACAAAAAACAGAACAACUACAAAUAGUCUUUGCUUCCUGUUUUCUAUCCAUCCAAUGGAUAUUGCACUUGUAAAUAGACUUAAGGGACCUAACACAGAUAUUCCACACACACCUACACACACACACACACACACACACACACACACACACACACACACACACACACACACACACACACACACACACACACACACACACACACAGUAUCUAAUGGACUGUCUUUCAUUGCAUUUCUAAUGCGCUCACUGUCAGGCUCUGGAAUAAACAUGAGAGGCAUUAGUGAGACAUUCCUGUCAGGCAGGUCGUAAUUACCCCUGAAGCUUUCCAUUUUUCUUCCCCACAGUCAGUUCACUCUCCCGGGGAUCUGCACUGCUCGGAUUCCCUUCCCUGAAGCUCUGCCUCUCCAUUCUGGGACUCACCGUCCAACUUUUCUGCUCUCAGCUCCACUAAUAUUCCUACACUCUUAAAAAUAGGGUCCAAAAAAUGUUGUCACAGUGAUGCAACUUAAGAACCAUUUUGGGUUCCCCAAAGAACCUUUUAGUGUUAAGAACACUCUAAAUUUCAGAACCUCUUUCCACUUUAAAGAACCUUUUGUGCAAUGGAAAGGUUCCAUGGAUGUUACAGGUUCUUAAUGGAACAAUUAAAAACCUUUAUUUUUAAGAGUGUACAUCAGUGAUUAAUCACAUUUUGAUACAACAACACCAUGCAAAAUCCAUCUUAAGCAGAUAGCUGUAUUUUAGAACAUUGCCAGUCUUUAACUGGUUGACCUGCCAGCUUUGUUCAAGCCAACUUGACCACCUUAAGCUGGUAUGACCAGUGCCAUGGUUUUCCGACUA